AUGGGCCCCUUCCUGGGCCACCAGUUUGAUCCCUGUGGCCCUGGGAGGGAUGACGUCCUGCUGAACUUUGCCAAGGAAGAGGCCACCACCACGACAAGGGACCAGAAUGGAACCUGGGAGAUGGAGAGUAACGACAACUUUGAAAGCUACCUGAAGGCCCUGGAUAUUGAUUUCACCACCGGCAAGAUCGCAGUAUGUCUAACUCUGACAAAGAUCAUUGAUCAAGACGGCGAUAACUUCAAGACAAAAACCAACAGCACGUUCUGCAACAACUUGGAUUUCGCUGUUGAAGUGGAGUUUGACAAGCACACAAAAGGCUUGGUCAACCGGACUGUUAAGGCGCUGGUCACCUGGGAAGGUGAUGUCCUCAUGUGUGUGCAGAAGGGAGAGAAGGAGAACUAUGGCUGGAGGCAGUGGGUUGAGGGGGACAGGCUGUUGCAAGAGAUGACCUGCGGCGACCAGGUGUGCCAUCAAGUGUUCAAAAAGAAGUGAUGGCUGCGUGGGGGCCUGCCGAGCAUGCGCUCCACACUCCCCACGAAGAGUUCUCUGCUGGCAUUGGGAAGCAGCCGGGGACCCUCCCACUCGUGACAGGGUGGGUUUUAAACAGAAUGAGUGUAUAACAGUGAUAGAUAUAUUCCUCCUUCUUUGAAACCUGGCAUU